AUGGCGGUGCGGCGGAGAGGCGGGGACAACAGAGGAUUCUUCUUGCUCUUCAUUGUCCUGGGGACCUUGUGGAAUGUCAGGGCCGGACGUAUAAGGUAUUCUGUUCCAGAGGAGACAGACAAAGGGUCUUUUGUGGGAAACAUUGCCAAAGACCUGGGGCUGGAGCCUAGGGAGCUGGUGGAGCGCGGAGUCCGCAUUGUCUCCAGAGGUAAGACGCAGCUUUUCGCUCUGAACCCGCGAAGCGGCGGCCUGGUCACCGCGGGGAGGAUUGACCGGGAGGAGCUCUGCGCCCAGAACGCGCGGUGUCUGGUGGAUUUUAACAUCCUGAUGGAAGACAAAAUGAAUCUUUACCCUGUUGAAGUGGAAAUAAUAGAUGUUAAUGAUAAUGCUCCUAGAUUCUUGUCAGAAGAAAUGAAUGUGAAAAUAAUGGAGAAUACAGCUUCUGGAGUGCGCUUUCCAUUAAUUGAGGCUACAGAUCCUGAUGUGGGCACGAACUCCCUCCAGAGUUACCAGCUCAGCCCCAAUCAUCACUUCUCCUUGGUUGUGCAAACUGGAGAAGAUGGAACUAAGUACCCAGAACUGGUGCUGGAGCAGCUGCUGGAUCGGGAGGACAAAGCGGUUCACCAUCUUCUCCUCACGGCCUCUGAUGGAGGAGACCCGCUCAGAUCCGGCACCGCGCUCAUCCACGUGACAGUGGUGGACGUAAAUGAUCAUGCCCCAGUCUUCUCUUUGCCCCAGUACCGAGUGACGGUCCCUGAAAACGUCCCAGUGGGCACAACUUUGCUCACGGUAAAUGCAAUAGAUCUGGAUGACGGAAUCAAUGGGGAAGUAACAUAUUCUUUUUGGAAAAUAACUAAAAAAAUUCUUCAAAUAUUCCAACUGAACGCCCUUACAGGUGAAUUAUCGACUUUACAAGGCCUAGAUUAUGAGGAAUCUGGCAUUUAUGAAAUGGAAGUCCAGGCUCAGGAUGGCGCUGGAAGUCUGACAAGAACAAAAGUACUGAUCACAGUUUUCGAUGUGAAUGACAACGCUCCAGAAGUGACUGUAACGUCUGCGAGCAGUUCAGUCCCUGAGGAUGCGCCUCCUGGGACGGUGGUUGCUCUUUUCUACCUACAAGACCGAGAUUCCGGGAAGAAUGGCGAGGUGACCUGCACCAUUCAAGAAAAUCUGCCUUUUCAAUUAGAAAGAUCAAUAGACAAUUAUUACAGAUUGGUGACAUCGAGGAACUUGGACCGGGAAAGGCUUUCUAUCUAUAACAUCACAGUGAAAGCCGUUGAUGGCGGGACUCCUCCCCUGUCCACGGAAACUCACAUCGCUCUACACGUGGUCGACACCAACGACAACCCUCCUGCCUUCUCCCACGCGUCCUACUCGGUCUUCGUCCCCGAGAACAACCCCAGAGGAGCCUCCAUCUACUCGGUGACCGCCCAUGACCCCGACAGCAACGAGAACGCCCAGGUUAUUUACUCCUUGGUGGAAGAUACCCUCCAGGGGGCGCCCGUCUCCUCCUACGUCUCCAUCAACUCCGACACCGGCGUCCUUUACGCGCUGCAAUCCUUUGACUACGAGCAGUUUCAAAACCUCCAACUUACGGUGACUGCGCGCGAUAGCGGUGACCCACCGCUCAGCAGCGACGUGUCGCUGAACUUGUUUAUACUGGAUAAAAACGACAAUGCGCCGGAGAUCCUGUACCCCACCUUCCCCACUGAUGGCUCCACCGGCAUGGACCUGGCGCCUCGCUCCGCAGAGCCCGGCUACCUGGUGACCAAGGUGGUGGCGGUGGACAGAGACUCGGGUCAGAACGCCUGGCUGUCCUACCGCCUGCUCAAAGCCAGCGAACCAGGGCUGUUCGCGAUGGGGGUGCAUACGGGCGAGGUGCGCACUGCUCGGGCCCUGCAGGACAGAGACGCGCUCAAGCACAGUCUGGUAGUGGCUGUCCAGGACCACGGCCAGCCCCCUCUCUCGGCCACUGUCACGCUCACCGUGGCCGUGGCCGACAGCAUCCCCGAUGUGCUCGCUGACCUGGGCAGCCUGGAGUCUCCCACCAACCAAGACGACGCUGGCCUCACGCUGUACCUGGUGGUGGCCGUGGCUGCUGUCUCCUGUGUAUUUCUCGCCUUUGUCAUCGUGCUGAUGGCGCUCAGGCUGAGGCGCUGGCACACAUCGCGCCUGCUCCAGGCGUCAGGGUGUGGAUUAGCGGAUGUGCCCGCCUCCCACUUUGUGGGCGUGGACGGGGUGCGGGCCUUCCUGCAGACCUAUUCCCACGAGGUCUCCCUUACCGCGGACUCGCGCAAGAGCCACCUGAUCUUCCCGCAGCCCAACUAUGCGGACACGCUCAUCAGCCAAGACAGCUGUGAGAAAAGCGAGCCCUUGUUACCACCUAUAGAUUUCCAUGAAUGUAAGGAUGGCGCUCCUAAUUCUCAGUGCGGACUCUGGGCGCCGCUGUUGGCCAAUAUGGAGAGUCUGGCGCCCCAGAUCCCGCGCAGCCGCACCAAGAUUUUCAGUGUAACCUCCACUGACUCGCUUGCGCUGGUGAGCAAACCUCGGGAAGCCAGAGGGAUGGGGAGCGGCGCUGGGGAGCGGGGCUGGGCGGAGAGGCGGCGAGCGCUCUUUCCCUUCCUGCUGUCUUUGUUCAGCCUGGCGCUCUCAGAGCAGAUUCGCUACAAGAUUCCCGAGGAAAUGCCCAAGGGCUCGAUGGUGGGGAACCUGGCCAAGGACCUGGGCCUCAGUGUCCAGGAGUUACCGACUCGAAAACUGCGGGUCAGUUCGGAGAAGCCUUUCUUCACUGUGAGCGGGGAGAGUGGGGAGUUACUUGUGAGCAGCAGGCUAGACCGGGAGCAGAUCUGUGGGAAGAAGCAGGCUUGUGCUCUGGAAUUUGAGGCUGUUGCUGAAAACCCAUUGAAUUUUUAUCAUGUGAAUGUGGAGAUCGAGGAUAUCAAUGACCACACGCCAAAGUUCACGCAAAAGGCCUUUGAACUUCAAGUAAGCGAGUCCACAAAGCCAGGCGCACGGUUUAUCUUGGGAUCUGCCUAUGAUGCGGAUAUUGGUAUCAACUCUCUACAGAAUUAUCAGCUCAGUCCCAAUGAUCAUUUUUCACUUGUAAACAAGGAGAAAUUAGAUGGAAGUAAGUACCCUGAACUGGUACUGAAGACUCUUUUGGAUCGAGAAGAGCAGAAGGCCUACCACCUGACCUUAACUGCAGUGGAUGGCGGGGACCCGCCGCUGAGCAGCACCGCGCAGAUCCAGGUUCUAGUGACAGACGCCAAUGAUAACGCACCAGUGUUCAGCCAAGACGUAUAUAGGGUGGGCCUGCGGGAGAGCGUGUCCCCGGGGACGAGUGUCCUCCAGGUGUUCGCCACUGACCAGGAUGAAGGUGUCAAUGCAGAGGUCACUUUCUCAUUCAGUGAAGCGGACCAGAUUACUCAGUUUUCUGUGGAUUCAAGCACUGGCAUAAUUACUACUCUAAAUAUGUUAGAUUUUGAAGAAGUCAAAGAAUACUCCAUGAUUUUGGAAGCAAGGGAUGGUGGCGGGAUGAUUGCACAAUGUACGGUAGAGAUAGAAGUCCUAGAUGACAACGACAAUGUCCCAGAAGUGAUAUUCCAGACUCUACCUGACUUAAUUAUGGAGGACACCGAGCGAGGAACGUACAUUGCUUUGCUCAAAGUUCGUGACAAGGACUCUGGAGAAAAUGGAGAAGUUACUUGUAAAUUAGAAGGUGAUAGUCCAUUUAAAAUACUCACUUCUUCAAGAAACACGUACAAAUUAGUGACAGAUGGGGUUUUAGAUCGAGAGCGCACUGCUGAGUACAAUGUCACCAUCACAGUCACCGACAAGGGCAAGCCACCACUCUCCUCCAGCAUAAAAGUCAUCUUGCACAUCGGGGAUGUCAAUGACAACUCUCCAGUGUUCCAUCAAGCCUCUUAUGCUGUCCACGUGGCUGAGAACAACCCUCCUGGGGCCUCUAUCGGUCAAGUCAGCGCCUCUGAUCCGGAUCUGGGCCCCAAUGGCCAGAUCUCUUACUCCAUCGUGGCCAGCGACCUGGAGCCUCACGCGCUGUCCUCCUACGUGUCCGUGAGCGCGCACAGCGGGGUGGUGUUCGCGCAGCGCGCCUUUGACCACGAGCAGCUGCGAGCCUUCCAGCUGACGCUGCAGGCGCGUGACCAGGGCUCGCCCUCGCUCAGCGCCAACGUGAGCCUGCGCGUGCUGGUGGGAGACCGCAAUGACAAUGCGCCCAGGGUGCUGUACCCGGUGCUGGGACCCGAUAGCUCAGCGCUCUUUGACACGGUGCCACGCGCCGCGCAGCCGGGCUACCUGGUCACCAAGGUGGUGGCGGUGGAUGCGGACUCUGGGCACAACGCCUGGCUUUCCUACCACGUGCUGCAGGCCAGCGAGCCCGGGCUCUUCAACGUGGGGCUGCGCACGGGCGAGGUGCGCACAGCUCGCGUCUUGGGUGACAGAGACCCUGCCCGUCAUCGUUUGCUGGUCACUGUGCGUGAUGGAGGUCAGCCGCCUCUCUCUGCCACAGCCACGCUGCUCCUGGUCUUUGCAGACAGCCUGCAGGAGGCGCUGCCGGACCUCAGUGAACGCCCAGUGUCCUCAGAUCCGCAGGCGGAGCUCCAGUUCUAUCUGGUCUUGGCUUUGGCCUUGAUCUCUGUGCUCUUCCUCCUCGCCGUUAUUCUGGCGAUUGCUCUGCGCCUGAGACGUUCCUCUAGUUCUUCAGCCUGGGGCUGCUUUCAGCCAAGUCUUUGUUCCAAGACUGGACCUGGAGUUCUCCCCAACUACAACGAAGGAACUUUACCCUAUUCCUACAAUCUGUGUGUUGCACAGAUGGGGAAAACAGAAUUUAAUUUCCUUAAAUGUAGUGAGCAGCUGGAUUCAAGACAAGACAUACUCUGUGGCGAUUCAUCUGGAGCUCUAUUUCCCUUGUUCAAUCCCGAUGAAUCGACUUCCCAUACGGUGAGUUUCCUUAAAACGUAA